GCGCAGUUUGUCGGCCCGUGCGGCAGUGGCCAUGGCGCGGCCCGCGCGCUGCGGCGGUGGUGGCAGCAGGCGCAGCAAGACGUACUGGAUGUGCAGCUGCGGAGGUUGGACCGGGGACUGGCGUGCCACGUGCCUCGGCUGCGGCUACUCGGCACCACCGUGGAUGCUGGAUGCUGCUGCCGCCAGGGCUAGGCCCCAGGCGGACAAGGGCGGCUGGGUGGACCAGCCACGGGGGCGCCGUGCCCAGAGGCAGGCCCGCAGUGCGGCUGCGAGCGCGGCAUCCACCGAGUCGCAGACCACGGCGUCGGGCGGCAGCGGGACGCCCAGCGGCGGCGACGCCACGGCGAUCGAGAGGCUGCAGGCAGUGGUCGAGCAGCUGGAGGCGCUGCAGGCUGAGCCGCCCGACGGCGUGGACGGCAGCUUCACCGACGUCGUCGCCAGCCAGCUGGGGGCCAAGCGCGCCGAGCUGGGCGCUGCCCAGCGGGCUGCGGCGGAGCAGAAGGCAUCCCCCCUGCCGCGGUCGACGCUGCUCCGCAAGGAGGCGAACGCCAUCAGCAAGGGAGAGAGGCGGCUCCGCACCGCGCGCCAGAGCCUGCAGCAGAAGCAGGCGGCGCGCGACCUCGCCGAGGCCAGGCUCCAGAAGGUCCAGCAGGAGCUGGCGCAGCUCGGCGCAGAGUUGGAGGAGGCAUCCCGCACCGUCCGCGCCCGCGAAGAGGACGCUAGGGCGGAAGCCGAGGCGCAGCGGCGUCAGCGGGCUGCGGAGUGGGCAGGGUCUAUCGAGGUCCCUGGGCUCCUCGCGCAGCUGGACAAGCUGCCUGAGGCUUGGGGAUCCAGCAACUUCGAGGUGGCAUGGGCAGCCAUUCCGACCCAAGUGGAGGCCGUGCGCACGCUGCUCGCCCAAGCCCUUGCUGCGCCAAGAAGGGCGCCAUGGGCGGACUCAUGCCCCGUGGAGGAGGUCAGCAGCGAGGACAGCACUCACGCUGGAGCGACCGAGCCCUGGCAGCCGCAGAGCGCUGCGGAGCGCGGCCAGGCAGAGCGCCGCGGCGAUGCCCGCGGCGAGUGGCCGAAGGUCGCCCAGGCGUCCAAGCGGGAGCUGGUGGCCGAGGUGCUCGGGGUCAACGGCAACGCGUGGAGAAGGAGCCUGGAGGUCCUCGAGGCCUACAUCGAUCGGCAUGGUGCCAGGCCGCACCUGGUAAUGCUCCAGGAGACUCGCCUGGCGCCGCUCCGCCUGGAGGAGGCCAGGAGCGCGGCGCGCCGCGCGGGGUACGCGGCGUUCCUCCACGCAGCCGCGCCCGCGGACAAGGAGGGCCCGCUCGCGAACUCAGGGGGCGCGGCGACCCUGGUGCGCAGCGACCUGCAGUUCCUGGCGUGCUCGCUGCACCUGCAGGACGCCCUCGGGCCCAGGGGCAUCAACCUCGACAUCUUCGCGGCCUUCGGCGACCUGGUGCUGUCCGAGGGCAUGCCCUGGCUCGCGCAGGGCGACUUCAACAUGGAGCCUGGCGCGCUGCACGAGUUGGGCUGGCCUCGUGUGCAGCGCGGAACGUACUUGGGGCCUGCCGAGUGCACAUGUGUGGCCCAAGGGGCGGAGCAUGUGUACGAUUGGUUCGUGGGCUCCUUCUGCCUUGCCCACGGCGUCAGGGAGGCCUCGGCUCUGGAUGGCUUUGGGCUGCGCCCGCGCAAGCCUGUGAGGCUGCUGCUGCAGGGCGUGGGGCCCGACGCCCUGGUGCAGGUGCUUGUGCGUCCUAGCAGUUUUCCUGAUGUCGACGCUGCCGAGUGCCGUCCGCACGAGGAUGCAGCAGUGCAGGUACACCGCCGCGUGGGGCGCACCCGCUGGCAAGCGGAGCCCUGCAGCUGGACCUGGGAGGUAGGCCCCCAGCCGAGCGACGCCUCCGAGGCCGCUCGGCAGUGGAUCCAAGUCGUCGAGAGCACCUUGGUGGGAACCCACGGCAUCGACGACACCGACCUGCCCAGGUACCUUGGGCGGGCUGCGGGGCCCAAGGUUGCCCUCAAGCCCCUCAGCGCCGUGGUCAAGCGCGAGUACCGCCACCGGCACUCGGCCCUCACCCGCGCCAUCCGCCAGGCCCUCGACGUCGCCCUCCAGAGGCUCACUGCGGACAAGACGAAGCGAUGGCAGCCCGCGCACGAGGCCUGGCACGAGCGGCAGGUCGAGCGGGUCCUCGCCGAUGUGGAGGCUGCCACGGUCGCCGCCUGCGAGGAGGACGAGGUCGAGGCCCUCGAGUUCGACGCCAGUGAGUGGGGCGACCUAGUUAGCCAGGCUGGCCUUCACGGAGACCCAGAGGCGAUUGCAGUGCUGCAGCGGCGCCUCGCAUGUUCCCAGAAGCGAGAUGGGUGCAAGAGCUCGGCCGCCUGGCGAGCAUGGGCCAAGGAAGCAGUGCAGAAGGGUGGCAGGUUGGCCCAUAGGUUCGCCAAGGCGGUGCCGCCCCCACAGGUGGUCGACCCUGACACUGGCAGGCCCUUGGCUGGCAUGCUGGCAGUCGGGCAGCUGGAGGCCAACUGGCAGGCCCUCUGGCAGCAGGGGGGCUUCCAAGCGAGUGCUGGAGCCGGCAGCUGGGGCGUCCGAGGAGCGACCCUGCCUCCCCUCAGCCUGGAGUUGCUGCAGGCUGUCUGCAGGCGCUACUCGCCUACGGCAGGCCUGGGGGCAGACCAGCUCCACCCGCGGCAGCUGCUGCUGCUCCCAGUGGCCCUGCAGCGGCGGUGCCUGGACCUCCUGGAGGCAUGCGAGGAGCGCCCCCAGGCCCUGGGCGGCCAGUUCUACGAGAACUUGCGCCAUGACGUCCUGUGGCAGUGCGGGAUCGAGCACGGCUUCAACCUGAAGUUGCUGCGCGGCUUCCUCGUGCUCUACCAGAGCCCGCGGUUCCUUUGUUUCGUGGGCAUGGCCACCGAGUCCUCCACCACCAGCGGGACGGUCCUCGCAGGGUGUGCGUGCGCUACCGCGGUGGCCAAGCUGCCCGUGCUUGCUGCCUUGCGCGCGGCCUCGGCGGGAGGCAGGCCGCCGGCGGCGGCGCGCAACGUCGUCGACGAUAUCGCGCUGCAGGCCGUCGGCGCGGAGCGUCUGGUCGCUGCGCAGCUGGGCGCGGCUGGGCUGGAAGUGGCGUGCAUCCUCCGUAGCCAGCACCUGCCCAUCAGUGCCGCCAAGACGACCUUCCUCGCCUCGAGCCCCAGCCUGGGGCCCCAGCUGGGUGAGUUCUGGAAGUCGCAGGGCUGGACCUCCCGUAAGACCUUGCAGGCCAGGAGCCUCGGCACGGACGCCACCAUCACGAGGAGGGGUGUGCAUGAGGGCCGUGUCCGUGCUGCUGGGGCGCUUCGCCGCGCGCGCAGGCUGGGCCGCUUGCGAGCUGCGGGCGUGGGGGUUGACCUCAUCCACAAGGCUGGGCCCGCAGCCAGCAUGGCGUGGGGGCGCGCGGUCACGGGCGUCGCGGACGGUGAGCUGCGCAGCUGGAGGCUCGCAGCGUGCCGCAGUGCAGGGGCGCUCCCCAUGGGCGCCGCGCUUGGGCUCCGCAUGCGAUGCGCCGAGCUCAGGAGUUGGCGCGACCUGGGCCCCGCAGCCCUCACGGCGGGCCAUGCGGUCCAGAUGCUUGCGAGCCUCCUGCAGUCUGCCGAGCUGCCGCACAGGAUGAUGGCGCGGGGGCUCGAGGCGGCGGCAGCCAGGCACGCAGCUGCCGACACGCCGUGGAAGCACUGCGCCUCCCCCAUCGACGCGGCGGCGCUGACCCUCGCCCGGAUCGGCUGGCACUUCAAGUCCGAGCGCUACCUCGUCACGGCCGCCAGGCGUGCCUCCGAUCGCCGCGAGAUGCGGAAGCUCAGCCACGGCCCCCUCCUGCAGCGGCCCCUGCACUGGGACGCCAUCGGGCGGCUGCUCGGGCCCGACAGCGAGCGGAGCGUGAGGGGGCAGAAUGCGCCGGGGGCCUACGUCUCCAACACGCACUGGACGCAGGGUCGCCGCACUGACGCCAUGUGGGCGCAGUGGGUCAGCAGGCCAGCCGACGAGAAGCUCAACGGCAAGCUGUAUUUGGACGGCUCUGCCCUCGAGCCGCAGUUCAGUGCCCUCCGCCGCGCGGGGUGGGCCAUUGCACAGUGCGACGAUGGCGGCAACUUGGUCGCAGGGGCCUACGGCACCGUCAGGCGAGACCUCUGCCCGCAGCAGACGGCCAAGGACGGCGAGGACUUCGCCGCGUGGAUGCUCGCCACCUUUGCUGGGCCAGCAGUCGAGGAAGUCAACGUCGACUGCAGCUCCACCGUGACCUGCCUGCGCAGGGGGCGUGCAUACGCGACCAAGCCCAGCAGGGCCAACGCCCAUCUGUGGGGCAGGAUCCUGGCAUGCCUCGUGCCAGGGACCUUUGCUGCGAGGAAGGUGCCAGCCCACUGCUCAAGACAGGCGGUGCUCGACGGGCUCGUGACGGAGGCCCAGCGGCGCGGCAGCGAGCAUGCCGACCGCCUUGCCAAGAUGGGGGCCCUGAUGCACGCAGUGGACAGGCAGACGGUCGGCGAGCACCGCGCGCUGGCGGAGAUCGUGCUGGAGCUCGGGCGCUGGAUCAGUCGGGCAGCCAUCCUCUGGCAGGACAUCGCGGCCAAGGACUGUGAGGGGCUGCCGCCUGCGGCUGAGCGACGCCAGGUUCGCUUCGCCGCUGCGGAGGCGUCGCAGGCAGCAGAGGAGGCCGCUAGCCUUGCGCCGAGCGCCAAGCGGCCGCGCCUGGAGAGCGCCCGCUCGGCUAGCAGCAGCACUGCCGCCCUCUCGGCCAGCGCUGCAGCCUUCAGCAUCCUGGGACAUGCCCUCGCCGACGCCUGCUCGGGAGAGGGGGGCGGGACCCAGGAGCUCGUGGCGUGCACCAAGUGCGGCGCCUACAUGACGCAGGGAAGUCGCAGUCGCUCUGGCGUAAGGCCUCGCCUCAAGGGGCAUUGCCCAGGCGGCAAGGCCGACAAGGGUGGCAGGGACCAGCGCAGCCUGUGGCUUCGGGGACUCCAUCCUGGUGGCAGGAGGCAAGAAGGACCCCGAACUGCCCGGCACAGAGUGAAAGGAGAAGGCAUCCCUGCUCUGCGAUCGCAGGGGCCGCUGCCAGAGCAUGCGCAGGGGCAGUACCUGGAGUGGCUCGGCAUUGUGGCGGAGCCAGAGAUCGGCCCCUCGGCUGCUGCGAGCUCGGCAGGCAGCGCCUCCGCGGCGGCCGCGGCGCCCGCUGAGGUGCGGGGCCCUGCGUUGGCGCCCGCGGUCGCGCCCGCGGCGGCCGCCGACGCCAGCCUGCCUCUGCGGCGGCCAGCCGCAGCGAGGGCGGCCCUCCUUGGGGCCUCCGGUGUCGCGGAGGAUGAGCUCGCCGCCGCGGCCAUGUCAGCGGUCGGUGCCCUGGAG